AUGCCCACGGUUCACCUCUUGGACUACGUCGCCGGCAACAUCCGCAGUCUGGUUAAUGCCAUUGAAAAGCUGGGCUAUCAGGUAGACUGGGUCCGGUCUCCCGAAGAUGUGCCCAAGGCAGAGAAACUCAUUCUGCCCGGUGUCGGCCACUUCGGCCACUGCAUGACCCAGCUUUCUCAGGCAAACUAUCUACCUGCGAUAAAAAAGCACAUUGAGGAUGGCAAGCCAUUUAUGGGCAUUUGUGUUGGCCUCCAAGCCCUCUUCCAGGGUUCCGAGGAAGAUCCUGAGGUUCCCGGUCUCGGCGUGAUACCUUCAUACCUCACUCACUUUGAUGAAAGCGACAAGUCGGUGCCGCACAUCGGAUGGAACAACGCCAACACUGCAGGCAAGGUCAUGUAUGACCUGAGACCGGACUCCAAAUACUACUACGUCCACUCCUACAAGUCCCCUUACAGCAAAGGCACGCUCGAAGCCCAAGGCUGGACAGUUGCGACAGGAACCUACGGAAGCGAGACAUUCAUCGGCGCCAUUGCAAAGGGCAACGUUUACGCUACCCAAUUCCACCCCGAAAAGUCUGGCGUUGCCGGCCUACGGACGAUCCGGGCCUUCUUGACCGGCUCCGGAGCGCAAAACCUCGGAGCUGGUCUGCCAUCCGACGUUGCAUCAGCCGACCCCAAGGACGGCCUCACCCGCCGACUCAUUGCCUGUCUUGAUGUCCGAACCAAUGACCAAGGCGACCUCGUCGUCACAAAGGGAGACCAGUAUGACGUCCGCGAAAAGGGUGCCGACCGCAAUGUCCGCAACCUGGGCAAGCCCGUGGAGAUGGCUAAGAAGUACUACGAAUCCGGUGCCGAUGAAGUCACCUUCCUCAACAUCACAUCCUUCCGCGACUGCCCCCUCGCCGAUCUUCCCAUGCUGGAGGUCCUCCGACAGACCUCACUAACCGUCUUCGUGCCCCUAACCAUCGGAGGCGGCAUCCGCGACACCGUCGACACGGAUGGCACAAAGGUCUCUGCCCUUGACAUUGCCACCAUGUACUUCAAGUCCGGCGCCGACAAGGUCUCCAUCGGAUCAGACGCCGUCUUGGCCGCCGAGGAAUACUACUCUCUCGGCAAGAAGCUCUUUGGCAACACCGCCAUUGAGCAAAUCUCCCGCGCCUACGGCAGGCAAGCCGUCGUCGUCAGCGUCGACCCCAAGCGCGUCUACGUCCCCAAGCUCGAUGCCACCCGCCACGCCAUCAUCGAGACCAAGUUCCCCGGCCCCAAGGGCGAGGCCUUUUGCUGGUACGCUUGCACCAUCAAGGGCGGCCGCGAGACACGCGAUAUGGACGUUGUGGAGCUCACGCAGGCCGUCGAGGCGAUGGGUGCGGGAGAGAUCCUGCUCAACUGCAUCGACAAGGACGGCACCAACAGCGGAUUCGACCUCGAGCUCAUCCAGCAGGUCAAGAACGCUGUCAAGAUCCCCGUCAUUGCGUCUAGCGGCGCCGGCAACCCGGGACACUUUGAGGAGGUGUUUGAGAAGACCACUACGGAUGCCGCUCUUGGGGCUGGCAUGUUCCACCGGGGAGAGUACACAGUAAAACAGGUCAAGGAUUUCCUCCAGGACAAGGGUUUACUGAUACGACAGUUUGAUGGAGACCUAUAA